AUGACAGGAAUGUCUCACAUUGGUGGCAUCAGCAAGACAUGGGAAGUUGCCAAAAAAGGUGGAAGGAUAACUUUUCUAAACUUCAGCGUGAGUCCGUAUGAAACGUUCACGAGUUGGAACGUGUUUUCUUGUUUUAUGGUGGUCUGGAUGUCCCUGUACUGCGCCAGCCAGACCCAGGUUCAGCGGUACUCUAGCAUCGCUUCGCUCAAGGACGCCAGAAAGGCGGUGCUGCUUAACGUCCCCGGGGUUUCGAUUGCGCUGCUCUUAUCCGUCAUCGCCGGCCUUGUUCUGUUCGCCGUCUACAGUGACUGCGAUCCAAGACUUACCGGCGACAUCAAAAAGGCUGACCAGCUCAUGCUUUACAUUGUUCAAGACCUGCUCAGGGAUUAUCCCGGACUAAGUGGGACCAUGGUGGCUUCAGUGUUCAGUAGCUCACUCAGCACGCUGUCAUCGGGUUACAAUGCCCUGGCGGCAGUUACGUGGAAAGACUUUAUUGAACCUCGAGUCAAGUUUUCUGAAAGGAAGGCCGUUCUCGUCACGAAGGGCAUUGCUGCCGCCUACGGUCUCUUGUCCAUAUCAAUCGCAUUUCUGUCGGGAAAUUUGCCAUCCAUAAUUCAGGCAGCGAACAGUCUCGUAGGCGCAAUGCUAGGACCGCUUCUCGCCAUCUUCUUCCUCGGAGUCUUCUUCCCCAUCUGCAAGAAAAAGGGCGUGACGGCAGGCGCCAUGGUUGGACUGUUCCUGGCUUCGUGGCACGCCCUGGGCUCCAUAUCAUACCCCCGGGCAUCUUACGGACUGCCGACUUCAACUACUGGCUGUAUGGAUUUCAACCAGACGCUAACUUCGGGAUCUUUCGAAGCACCACCCAUACCCGAUGGCAUCCUCAUGUUUUACCAUGUCUCGCAUCUCUGGACGGGCAGCAUGGGUUUCAUCUCCGGCGUCUUGGUGGGAAUCGUUGUCAGCCUCAUCUUCGAGCGAAACGAUGAGGGCCAAGUCGACCCUGAGCACAUCUGCCCUUUAGUCCGGAAGCUCAUGAACAACUACAAACGCAACAGGACGUCCAAGGAGUCAGAAAACACUCCGACGAAUGAACACGAGCUGAGGAAUCUCAUGGUUGUCGAUGGGUAGACAGACCGUCUGCCUUCGUCAAACAGAAGCGAUACCUACAGCUGAAGCUUUAAUUUCUGGAAGACACAAACCUGUAGAUAUUUCGGAAAAACAUUAACAAACCCCUAAAAACGUCUCAAUAAACUUAC